AUGGCGAUCCUCGAAGAAACGCAGCCUGAGCAAACCCAGAAUUCUCCUCCUCCUCCAAGCAAUCUCCCGCAAGAGAAGAAGAAUCAGGCGGCGGAGGAGAAACCCACUGCCCUGCUUCCAAAUUCUGGCAAUGGGCUCGAUUUGGACAAGUAUUCGUGGGGGCAGAGCCUCCAAGAGGUAGCGAUCACCGUUCCAGUCCCUCCCGGGACGAAAUCGAGGCAGAUAUCGUGCUAG